AUGUUUUUCUAUGGCUUUUAGGUUUUAUUUUCAACUUCUUUAUCACUCUACUACCUUCUUUUGUAUUAUUCUUUAUUUUACGUUUUUAGCUGUACACAAUCUUUGAGUUUUUGAUUUUGAAUUAUUUGUUAAUUCAGAUUAGUGACCAACGUUUAAGUAUCCGACUUUGUUUAGAAAUUUUUUUUUUUUUAAUUUCUUGAUUGGUUGAGAGAACUUGAGUUAAAUGAUUUUAGGUGGUGUAGUUAUUUAUCUAUUUCAUUUUGAUUUUGAUGCUGUCGUUGUAACUUUGAACACGACACGAGGCCAUUCGUUCAUUUAUUAUUAUCAAUACAAGUCCGUGAUUCAGUUAUUGGAUUCCUUCUUCGAGGCAAAUAGCAUUUAACAUUUCCUCCAAAUAUUCGUGUCAGACUCAAUAAUUCUUCCGAACUGCUCUCUUUAAAUGUUUGAUUGUGGAAUCUCCAUUUUUUGCUGACUUUUAACUUCUAAAAAAAAAAAAUCAAUUCAGGUACUACAGUUGGAGUUUGAGAGACAUAAUGUUUAUCCUCGAGAGGAUUGAAUGAAAAACCCAUUAAUCAACUGAUUGUUGGGCUUCGCAGAGUUUGAAGAAUUUAGGUUUUUUUUCCUUCUUAAUUGGGUUUUUCUUAUGCUUUUUUGAUCGAAAUUGGAAGGAGGGUUAUAUAAUUAAAGUGAAACGGAGAUAUGUUGGAGCCGGAGUUAUGCUCUUCUCGGGGAGUUCUCUCGCCGUUCCGUGAAGAAAGCGGUGAUGAGGAGCUCUCUGUUCUUCCCAGGCAUACCAAAGUUAUAGUUACUGGAAACAACAGGACCAAGUCUGUUUUGGUAGGUUUGCAAGGCGUGGUCAAGAAGGCCGUUGGUCUCGGUGGUUGGCAUUGGCUGGUUCUGAAAAAUGGGGUUGAAGUUAAGCUGCAAAGAAAUGCUUUGAGUGUGCUUGAACAUCCCACUGGAAAUGAAGGGGAUGAAGAUCAUGAUUUUGACUCUAGCAGUGGUUCAGAUAUUGGUGAAAAGGACCAUGAUUUCUCAAGUACCAUUGAGUUCCACAAACUGAGCAAGCCCAGAGUUCGUCAAACUAGGCCAUGGGUUUCAUCAGCAUCUGCAAAGGUGGUGAAUCGUAGUAGUUACAGAGAUGUACAAUCGAUUAUUCACACAUCUCAACUGAGGGUGAACUUGGCCCGACUCGGAACAAAUUCAUUGCGAAGAUACUGCAGACACUAUCGCCUUGUUAACAUCAAUUCUGAUUCAUCAAGGGAGCAACUGCUUAACGCGGUGCAGCGGCACUUCGCAUCUCAGCCACCAUUAUCCGAGGUACAUGUGAUCUCCGAAUUCAUCAAUGUCAUCAAUGCAGUGAAGAGACGGAGAGCAAGUGACAACUGACACACGUAUAGAGAGUGAAAAAAGUGAGAAGUAUGAAUGUCCAUUGCCUUUGUAUAAUAUUAACUCUUAACCUUUAGAUCAGUUCUAAUUAUAUAUGUGAGGGCGGUUCAUCGAUGAACCACAUUUCUUCCCAAGAUUCUAACCUUUGUAGUGUUCUGGGAUAAUGCAUGCCCUUGUUAAUUUUAAGUA